ACUCACAUCUCACCCGCGAGCGCAGGUUGAAGAGAAAAAAAGACGGCAUCGGUUCCAUGUGUUUAUCGGGCACAGGAGCGAAGUUCUAGUAUUAAAACCAGUUUAUUUACGUGUUAAAAAUGCGUUUUUUAUCGCUGCGCAGGAUACACCGACUCCUCUCUUGACGGGGAUUGCCUAUUUUUUUACGCUGCUGUGACAUUUUUUUUAAAUUAUUCUCCAGAGUAAGAGACAGUUUUCGGUCCAGUAUGGAUAAGACCCAUUUAUCAAGCACGAAUGAAAUCAUCAUGACGAGCUCAACAGGCCCCUACCAGCAGGAACCCUUGACUCCACCCAGACCCACCCAUAUCCACUCCUCUUCCUCAUCCAUGUCUUCCCCCUCUUCUUCCUCUUCCUCUUCACCCCUCAAACCCAACCAGGUGGGCCAGGUCAUUCUAUACGGCGUUCCCAUUGUUUCGCUCGUUAUUGAUAACAAUGAGAGACUUUGCCUUGCACAGAUUUCCAAUACACUCCUGAAGAACUACAGUUAUAAUGAGAUUCAUAAUCGCCGCGUUGCUCUCGGUAUCACUUGUGUUCAGUGCACUCCGGUUCAGUUAGAGAUCCUCCGUCGGGCUGGUGCCAUGCCCAUCUCAUCACGUCGCUGUGGUAUGAUCACAAAGCGUGAAGCUGAACGCCUCUGCAAGUCCUUCCUGGGAGAGAACUCGCCGCCAAAACUGCCGGACAACUUUGCUUUUGAUGUGACACACGAGUGCGCCUGGGGUUGUCGUGGCAACUUCAUCCCUGCUCGCUACAACAGCUCCAGGGCCAAAUGCAUCAAAUGCUCCUUCUGCAACAUGUACUUCUCCCCCAAUAAGUUCAUUUUCCAUUCCCACCGUACACCAGACGCCAAGUACACCCAGCCUGAUGCUGCCAACUUCAACUCCUGGCGACGACAUCUCAAACUCUCCGAUAAACACCCAGCCGAUGAGUUAGUUUACGCCUGGGAGGACGUCAAAGCUAUGUUCAAUGGAGGCAGCAGGAAAAGAGCACUGCCCUCUACAUCUCAUUGCCCGUCCAUGGGCCCAGUGAAAACUCUCCCAGGUUCAGUGAUGCCUCACAUGAUGGGACCUGACCUGGGUUCUCAGAAAAGAGCUCGUUUUGAAGAUGAGGAGGACCUGGAUGGAGGCAGCCUAUCGCCUCGUAAGACAGCACGUAGCUACCCUGUCAUCCCUGUCCCAAGCAAAGGCUUUGGCAUGCUGCAGAAGUUCCCUCCAACGUCACUUUUUCCUUCGCCUUACCCCUUCCCAGCUUUUGGCCUGUGCCAGCAGAAAAAAGAGGACAGCGAUGUUUCGGCUGGGCAGAAAGGAGCAGGCCUGUCUGGUCUCUUAUGGCCAGGGCGUAAAGACACCUUUUACCCCCCUUUCUGCAUGUUUUGGCCCCCGAGAGCAGCAGGAGGAAUUCCUGUCCCCACCUACCUCCAACCUCAGCCCAGUGCCCUUUCCUCCCUGGCUGAAAACCCCUCUCUCAGGCAGGCCUUCUUGGAUUUGUCUGACCCCACUGAGCCUGGGGCUGUAGCUGGCAAUGGGAACAGUGUCACCGCAUCGAUUGGAAGCAGCAGUGGAACUACCACACCUCGAUCUGGACUGUUUGAUCCCGAGUGCCCGACAGUACCCCCCGACCUCCGCCCUGUGACAUCAGAGGGAUGGCUCAAACUCCUGGACACCCCUACGCUCCAAAGCAGGAAGCCGAGCUACGGCUCUGCCUUUCGCCCUGUCAUUAAAGAUGCAGACAGCAUCGCUAAGCUUCACGGCAACAGUGGAGGAGUCGCAGGAGCCACAGAUGAGGACUUUGGGGUAGUAGUCAGUGGGUCAGACCGACACCAGAGGCUAUCGCCCAGCAGCAGCUGUAGUUAUGGAAGUGAAAGUGGAGGCGAUGGAGAAGCAGACGGAGGGGAGAGUGAGGAGGAGGGGGAGGUGGAUGUGGAGUCAUCAAAGCAAGAGGAGGAGGAAGAGCAGGGGAGCUUCACAAGCAGGCCGUCACAGACUCAAACCAACCUGUACCUCCCUGCAGCCUCCCUGAGUGAGAGCACUGGAGAGGAGAGGGGGAAGGAGAGGGGGAUCGGCGCAGUGUAUCCCAGCACCUCCCCUCCCUCGUCCUCAGACCCUAUCCUGCAGGAGUCUCCCAGCCUGCCCACCUCCCCUCCUGCCAGCUUGCCUCUCUCCAGCUCCACCCCACCUCACCGAGAGGACCCAGCUUACAAAAACAUUCACAAAAACAGAGAUGAAGGGCUCCCUGCAUAUGCAACCAAAGACAACUCCAGCAUUACCGAUGAAAACAAAGAGAAGAAUAGUUUCUUUGUAACGGAUAGUGAUACAUCAGCACCGGACUACUGGAGGGAGAGCUCAGGUGAUCAAAACCAAGGAGCCACCUCUCCUGUUCCGUUAAAGAAAGAUGUCGAGAACAUGGAAAAAGAGGAGCUCCAGAAAGUUCUGCUGGAGCAAAUAGACUUCAGAAGGAGACUGGAGCAAGAGUUUCAUGCUCUGAAGGGCACUUCACCUUUUCCUGUCUUCCAUAAUUUCCAAGACCAGAUGAAACGAGAGCUCGCCUACAGAGAGGAGAUGGUCCAACAGUUACAGAUGAUUCCCUACGCAAACAUCAUCAGAAAAGAGAAGAUCAGCUCCCAUCUUACAAAAUAAUUUUAAGGCUGACAAAAAAGUCCAACAUGAGAAGAGGAAUCUGCCAGGAUUUCUGUGAAUUUCCAGCAAAGAAAAAUAAAAGAAGAUAGAGACCGAAAGGAAUAUGAAAUUUUAUAUAGAAUAUAUUCAAAUUCCUUUUGCUUUCCUGGAACAGCUGUGUUUGGCUGCUUCUCUGCUGCAACGUUUGUUAAUAGCCCUGCACUUAACCCCCCCCACUCCUGUUUUGUUUUUCCCUCAUUUCAGUUUAUUUCUUGUUCUAAACUGAAAGAGACAGAAGGAAGCAGUCAUGAAGAUGAAGCUGCUCUGCUCUUGCUGCUGCGCUGCCAGCGAGACUAAAAGCUUUACCCAACCAGGACCAAAGUAUAUUGAACUAUGAAACUUUUCUUACUGCUGAAGACCAGAAAUAGACUACUUUAGAGAAAACGAACUUUUCCAAGUUCCUAAACAAUGAAAAGCAAGAGGAGAGUCAUAGCUACAUUAAGACUUUAUGUUUUUUUAAGACUCUGUUAUUGGUCCAACUGUACAUACGUCACACUGUGGAAGAGGAUGGACUUCAUACUGAGACUGUUGCUGCUGCUGUUACUGUUGUUGCUGUGGUUUAAUCAAAUGGUAAGAAAAAUGUGCACACCAACCUUUAUUUAUGAUCAACAUUUGAUCCCAAAGGGAUCCACUUUACUUUCAUAAAUACAAACUGCCGCAAAUCACCAUCAACCCAGAGAUGUUAGUAGAAACACCUGUACUUGUUCUCAGAUGUCCCCAACUUUAAAAUGCCAGAUGAAGAACAAAAUGAAGCAAACAAAGCAUCAAAGCAAAGAAGAUACAUGUGUUCUGGGUUUAAAUAGUGCAAUAAGAAAAGUAUAUCUAUAGGGCUGCAUCACAAGAAAAAUAUUUGCUUAUUACGCAAACUGUACAGGCAGAGCAGUUUGGAUUGAGAUGUUUUCUGAAGGUAAAAGAACCCCUUCCAGUAUUAUUAUCACUACACAUGUUGCAUUGUCCUUAGACUGGGUAAGUCUGAUUAUACAUUUCUUAUCUUUUUAUAUAUAGAGAAUGUUGCCUCAAAAGGUGGUGUUACAGGCUCCUUCAGAAGAGUUCACUUUCACCCUAAAUUGAUAUUGAGUUGCUACUAUCUUUUUGGAUUGUUUACAGAUGGUGAAAGGAUAAUAAAUGCCCAAACCUCUGUACUUAUUUCUCUCUUUAAAAAAAGUGUGUUUGCCACAAGGAACAAAAGACUAAAGUUGUGUAUUAUAUCUACUUGUAAAUAAUUUCACUCAAAUGUAUAAAAUGUCAUAUGUGAAAAUACUGAAACUCAGUCAGUCUAUAUGUGUUAGGUUGUUUGUUUAUUUGAGCAUUAGGGCCCAAGACCCUGGUUGUGAAAUAUUAUUUAUUAUAAUGUGCAAAUAAAUAGAAAAAGACAUGAUGAUGAUGAUGAUGAUGAUGAUGAUGAUGAUAUGAUGAUGAUGAUGAUGAUAAUACAGUGAAGCAUAACCAAUGUCAGAAAGAAUAAAAGUGAUAACUCCCACAUGUUUAUAGAAUGACAUGAAUGAGUUAAAGUUGUCAUUUAAUGAGAAAAUGUUACCAUUAUAAACUGUUUAUGCAGAUGUAUUUAGAUAUGUUCUUGUAAUUUCUCUACGCUUUAUGUGGAUAAAUUAAAUGUCUGUAAUAACCUGAA